UUGAAGCACUUUUAUGUGUUAAUUUUUUUAUCUCUUUACAAAAUUGCGGUACGUCCGUGUAAAUACAUAUACUAGUAUUUAGAUACGUUUACCAUAAUAAUAUAAGUGACGGCUCAUAACAUCUGCAAUGUAUUUGUGCGUAUUCUUUAUGUUCUUCCCUUUUAUAUUCAUAGUUCAUUUGUCAAGUUAUAUUUAACUCUUUGUAUUACAAAAUUAUAUUUUGACAAGUCCUUAUCAAUUGCACUAACUGUGACAAAGGUUAAAGUAUAAGAUUAAGAAAUAGACUCUUCUUGUCAUAUCUCCAUUUUAAAAAAAGGCAAAGGCAUCGGUAAUGUUGAAUUCAAAAUGUAUGUGCAUGUUCUUUAUUCUUAAUCUCUAUAUUUACGUUUUUGCCGAAAAUAUAAAUGGCAAUCCUGAUUGGAAAUUGGCGUUGCUGAAAAUUGACGAUCUGCAGAAAAUGGUGCGUGUGCAAGAGGAGCGAAUUUCUAUGUUAGAAAAUCAAUCAUUAGAGUCCGUAACUCAGACUGUGGCCGAAUUACAUAAUACUGUGAAGAAACAAGGUACUAAGAUCGCUCAGUUGGAGGCAAGGAUCCAAGAGUUGGAGACUGUUGUAAAGAUUGAAGAUGUUAUUCCAGCUGAAUCCGCAGAAAAUUAUCAUAGCCCGUUAUCUGAAACAAAUGGAACUUAUGUUUCACCAAAUAAGACAUCUAAUAGAAGAGGUCAGUUGCAAAGUCUCCAGCCAACAAGGAUGCCAGUUGACAUGGUCGCAUUUUACGCAUAUUUAUCAUCUGAUACCCCUGCUUCAGUUGCUCAUCACAUUAUUACGUUUGACACGGUUAUUACAAACGUAGGAAACGCCUAUCACCCUCACUCUGGCACAUUCAUUGCACCAAGGUCGGGGCUCUAUGUUUUUACCUGGACGAUUAGAUCGUUCGGCAACUCAUAUUUCACUAUUGAAUUAUUUGUAAAUAACAAUGUUGUUAAUUGGAUAUAUUUCGACACCGGCCAUACUAUAGAUGGUAGUGUAAGCGGCACCGCUGUCGUCCAUGUUAAUCAGGGCGAUGAUGUUUUGAUACGAACGGGCCCCGAUUUUCACAAUGGAAACAUCAUAAGCGACAAGAAUGGAAAAUCUUCCUUUGCGGGUUGGAUUGUAAUGUAA